UAAAGUUUUUCUUCCUGAGUGUAUUGAUGAGGUUAAAUUGGUCUGUUUCAGGUGAAAAGAUCAUGGUUAUUGAGAACUUGCCAAUGGGGAUUUUGUUCUUCUCUCAAACAGCUGUUGGGAUUCUUGGCAAUUGGUCAAUUUUUCUCCCUUAUGUUAUGUCUACAUUCACUGGGAAAAGUCUGAUGGCCAAAGACCAUAUUAUAAGGCAUCUGACUUUAGCCAAUUCUUUGGUUAUUAUCUCAAGAGUAAUCCCUCACAUACUGGCACAGCUGGGCUUGCAAAAUCUCCUGGAUGAUCUUUUGUGUAAACUUACUCUCUACAGUAAUCGAGUGUCCCGGGCCAUUUCCCUGCACUGCACCUGCCUCUUGGGUUGCUUCCAAGCAAUCACAAUCAGCCCCAGCAACACAAGAUUCACGAAGUGUAAACACUCAGUCUGCAAGUACAUGGUUCAGUCCUGCUCACUCAGCUGGCUUGUGUAUCUGCUUCUAAACAGCAAAACAGCUAUAGAUGUGAUUGGAUCUGGUACUAAGAAAAACUUCACCAAGAAAAUCAAGUUGGGGUAUUGCUCAGCAUUUGUUUUGAGUAACACUGUACCUCGACUACAUCUGUUAUUGCUUUGUUUCACUGAUGGUGUGUCUUUGAGUCUCAUGAUCUGGACCAGUGUGUUCAUGGUGAACAUCCUCUACAGGCACAAGAGUCAGUUACAGUACAUCCACAGUGCCCAGCAUUCCCUCCACAUCUCCCCUGAAGAUAGAGCCACAAAAUACAUCUUGAUCCUUGUGUGUACCUUUGUCCUCUCCUAUGCAAUGUCAUUUAUAUUAGUUAUUUAUACCACAUUAUUUAACAAUCCAAAGCUGUGGAUAAUCAAUAUAUUUACAUUCCUAGACACGUGUUUCCCCACAUUUUGCCCAUUCAUUCUCAUCAGUAGUAACAAAUCUGCUCCAAAGAGUCCUUUUCCCUGCUGUAGGUGA